AUGAAUAAAUCAAUACAACAGCAAACUACUAAUCCAGGGAAAGAAGUUGAACCAUCAACAAAUUCUUUUGUUGAUCAAGAUUUUGAUUCUAAUAUGCAUAUUAAUGAAAAUUUAUUAUUAGAAGCACAAAUCGAAUCAUCUCAUGCGACAUCAAAAAGUUCACAAAGUGAUAGUUCAUCACCAAAAACACCUAAAAGUCCAAUACAAACAACAACUUUGAUAUCUUCUUGGGAAUGGAGAUUUCUUCAUCCAAUAAAUCAAAAUUUAUAUGAUGAAGAUGAAGAAAAAAAAUUAAUUGAAAAAAAACAUAUGCGUUAUCUUAUUUUAAGUAAUUGUGCAAGUUUUAUACUUGGCAUGGGAAUAAUGUAUUUAUGUGUACGUCGUUAUCUUCGUAUGAAAACACCUUAUUUCUAUUCAUUAGAUUGA